AUGUCGAAAGAGCUCAAGACCAAGAGCAAGGACAAGUCGAAGCGACGCGAGUCCAAGUCGGGCAGCGAGUCGCCCAAGAAGUCACGCAAAUCCUCCUCAUCCAGCCUACCCAUCACCGUCACCGACGAUGACUCCUCUGCCACGACUGCCGUCACCUCUUCCGUCCCCUCGUCAUCGCGCACCGUCAGCACAGCAUUCGAGACCCUCUAUCCGAUCCUCAAUCUUCCCAUUCCGCCCGUAUGGACGUCGGACCCGUACUCGGCAUUCUCGGACCUGAUGGACACCCUGGUCAUGCGCUACGUGCCUCAACUCUCCGGCGUGCUGAUCACGCAUUCUCCCACGCGCUUCCUGCAGGACACCGCCGUCUUUUCUGCCGAUUCGGCAUUUGCAACAGCCCAAGUCGGGUUCGAGUGCACGGUCUGGCGGCCUAAGAUCGGGCAGAUGCUCGAGGGGACCAUCUGCCUCUCCUCGCCUUCGCACGUCUCCCUUCUCCUAUAUGGCCUGUUCAACGCGUCUAUUCCGGCGUCGCAUUUGCCGGAAGAGGAAUGGGAGUUUGUGUUGAACGAUCCCGAUGCGGUGCACACCGACCAUGGGUUGGGGCACUGGCGCAACCGGGCCACUGGCGACCGUCUGGGUGGGGAGAAAGGCAAACUGGAAUUCACAGUCAUCAGUCUGACCAUUGCCAACCACAUGCUGUCGCUGCACGGAUCGCUCUUGGACGACCCGUUCAAAGGCCCACCACCCACGCUCGACAGGAGCUAUCUCAAAAAGAGCCUGCUGCCCACUCAGGCGCUCGGACUCGGAUCUGCCGCAGCAGCACGGGAGAGCCCAGCUGCAACCCCACCACGCCGCGUCAGGUGGCAGGACGAGGACGAUUCCGAGGCGGUAGAGAGCGACGAUCCGAGCAAGUACGAGACCCCAGCCGAGGUGGUCAAGGCCGAAGAGAGCGAGGGCAAGAAGAAGGGGAGCAAGAGCAAGAGGAAGUCCACAUCAGCGGUUGAGGUGGCCGCAGACACGGAUGGGUUGAAUACGCCAUCGCGCGAGAAGAAGAGGAGAAAGGAGACGUAA